AUGGCAUCCGGAUUUGUUGCCAGGUUACACAUGAACUGCGCACAUGAUCCAGAUGAUAAACUUUACGGUAUACACCUCCUCCUUUUGUUAACAUGUCAUAUCAAAAAAAUGAGGUUGAAGGAUGAAAAUAGAUACAAGAACGAUAAGGACAUAGGUGAGAAAAGAGUAGCUAUGGAUUCUCCGAGCAGAUCAUCUGUAACUUGGAGCCUGGAAUGGAGUUUAGAUGAAAUAACGGAUGAUCCUGAAAAAACGAAAGCGUGGUUUGAAGAAGCGCGAGCGAGAGGACUAGCAUCACCUUUGAAGAAGAAAGAAGAGGAAAAGAAAAAAGGAAGUGGAAGCAAGAAGAAGGGAGGAAAGAAAAAAAAGAAAUAG